AUGGCCAAGAACAUUGUAAUUAUUGGGGGAUCGCAUGCUGGAGUUAGCACCGCCCAGAGGCUACUCAAGUCAGCAUCAACCCCAACCGCCAUCAAAGUCACCCUGAUCACUCCCAAUUCACAUAUGUACUGGAAUCUGGCUUCCCCCCGAGGGCUUAUUCCGGGGAACUACGAAAAAGACGAAUUAUUUCUCGAGAUAAAAUCAGGAUUCAAACAGUAUUCUUCUGACCGCUUCGAGCUCGUCCUGGGCACGGCGGUGGGCCUCGAUGAGGCUUCGCAAACCGUUACAGUUCGUUGCGCUGAAAAGGAGAAGUCGGUAGCAUACGACAUGUUGGUUCUUGCUAGCGGCUCUAGAACCCUGGAUAGCUCACCAUUCAAGAAUAUUGGCACAACAGAAGAAACGCGGAGUGCGUUGAAAGAUCUCCAGGCCCGAGUGGAAGCAGCCAAGUCCAUUACUGUCGCUGGCGCAGGUGUAACAGGGGUCGAAGUUGCUGGCGAACUUGGCUCAGCCUUUGGAAAAGAGAAGAAGAUAAUUCUGCUUGCACCUGGCCCGCGGGUCCUUGAAGACAUGCUGGAAGUCAAUUCGGAUAUCGCAACCAAGGAAUUGCAAAGACUCGGAGUAGAGGUUCAACUCCGAUCCAGAGUUAAAGAGUCAGUAAUCGGAAGCAACGGCCAGUAUGAGAUCAUCCUAUCCAGCGGCACCACCGUUACGACCGACCUAUACAUUCCCACCUUCGGACUCGCCCCGAACUCUUCGUACGUCCCUGCGAAAUUCCUCACAUCACAAGGAUUCGUCAAGGUGGAUGAAUUCUUGCAGGUCACCGGAGCGAAAAACAUUUGGGCAAUUGGAGACGUCUCAGACUUGGAGCAAUCGCAAUGGAUCAAGGCAGAGUACCAAUCUGCCCACCUCGCCAAAAACCUGAUCAAAAUCCUGCAAAAUCAGGCGCCCCAGGCCUACAAAAAAGCAACAACGCCAAUCAUGGGACUUUCGGUUGGCAAAGACAUAAGCACCGGCCAUUAUGGAAACUGGCGUAUUCCGACUUUUGUGGCACGCUAUCUUCGAAAGACACUGUUCCUUGAAAAGUUAACUGGAAUAGUUACUGGUACGGCUUUUUGA